GCGAGUUCCUUCGGCGGUCGGCUGCGCUGCCUUCACACUCCCCGUUCUGGCCCGGGACGCGCCGGCUGGAUCCACGCGCGCUGCUGCGCUCCCACGGCGCGGCUCCCUCCCAGCCUGGCGGACUUCGGGCGCUGCCCUGGGCCGCCCUCGCUCGCUCCUCGCCCGCUCUCCGUCCUCCCUUCUGCCCUGCCAUCUGCCUGAGUCUUCCUGGAGUUGACUUCUUCUUUUCGUUCGGUCUUUCUCGUCUGCCUCCCUCCGAGUCUUUUUCUUCUUUCUUUCGCCACUCUGCCCUUCUCUAACUAACUUUUUCUUUCUUUCUUUCUUUCUUCACUCUCCCCUUCUCUCUUUCUUGCUUUCCUAUAACUUCUUCCUGCCUUCCUUUCCUUCCUUCCUUCUCUCUUUCUUGCUUUCCUGCAACUUCUUUCUUUCUUUCUUUCUUUCUUUCUUUCUUUCUUUCUUUCUUUCUUUCUUUCUUUCUUCACUCUCCCCUUCUCUCUCUCUUUCUUUCUUGCUUGCUUACUUUCUUGUUUUUCUGUAAGUUUUUUUUCUCUCUCUCUUUUCCUUUUUCUCCAUUCUCCCCUUCUCUGACUUUCUCACUUUCCUGUAACGAACUUCCUUCCUUCUUCCUUCCUUCCCUCCGCGGGCCCAGGCGGCGCCCCCCGCCCCCCCCCCCCCCCGGGCUCGCCCUGGCGGCCUGCUGGCUGCUCAAGAGGCAGGGAUGGGGGGCUGCCCAGGGGGUCUUCACUCCCUGCCUCCCAACCGCCGCGGGGGCCAAGCGCUCGCCUGCCGCCCCCAGCAGCGGCCAGGAGAUGCAGAGCAAGGGGGACCCAGCUGAGACCAUGGUGCUGCCCAUCCCGGCGGAGCCCAGAGAGAACCUGCGACGCCUCCGGCAGCGGAAGGUCUUGCUGGGCGAAGAGAGGAAGCUGGCCGGGUGGGCGCUGGUCACGGCCCUGGCCGGCAUCCUCCUGAUGGUCUUGCACACCGAGCUGGCCUGGUUUGGACACUGCCAGUGGUUUGCCUAUUCCUUCAUGGUGAAGUGCCUCAUCACCCUCUCAACAACCGCACUGGUGAUCCUGAUCUUGGCCUUCCACAUCAAAGAGACCCAGCUCUUCAUGCUGGAUAACUCCCUGUCAGACUGGCGGAUUGCUGUGAAUGCUCCGAAGCUGGGUCUGAUUGCACUGGAACUUCUGGUCUGCUCUCUGCACCCAUUCCCCAUCGGAGACUUCCCCUGCCUCGACCCGAAGCCCCCCCAGACAUUCCUGUUCCUCUCGGAUUCUGACAUGGUGCUCUCACUACUCAUGUUCCUCCGCCUGUACCUAGUUCCCCGGGCGAUGCUGCUGAGGAGCAGCGUGCUGGGAGACGCCUCGUACCGUAGCAUCGGCUCGCUCAACAAGAUCCAUUUCCAGUACCCCUUCGCGCUCCGAGUGAUGGUGAACAGCCAGCCGGGCCGGGUCCUGCUCAUCUUCACCAUGGGUCUCUGGCUCAUCGCCUUCUGGGUGCUGUCGGUCUGCGAAAGGCAGUAUAUGGAGGACGAUUACUUGGGCGGAACCUUUUGGCUGAUUCCCAUCACUUUCCUAACCAUCGGCUACGGGGACGUCGUGCCAGCAACAAUGUGUGGCAAGAUGGUGUGUCUGUUCACUGGUGUUAUGGGUGUGGGCUGCACAGCACUCCUGGUGGCGGUUGCUGCUGAUAAACUGGAAUUCAGCCGGGCCGAGAAGCACGUCCACAACUUCAUGAUGGACAUUCAGUGUGCCAAAGAGAUGAAACGCUCGGCUGCGAACGUGCUCCAGGAGGCCUGGCUGCUCUACAAGCACACCAAGAGGAAGGACGGGCUGCGUGCACGCAAGCACCACCGGAGGCUGUUGGCAGCUAUCCACAUGUUCCGACACGUGAGAGUGAAGCACCGGAAGAUCCGCGAUCAGGUGAACGCCAUGGUGGAUGUUUCGAAGAUGCAGGUGAUCAUCUGCGAUUUGAGCGCCAGCCUCAGCAGCAACCACAAGGAGCUGGAGAAGCGCAUCGAGUCCUUGGACAGGAAGCUGGACGAGCUGAUGAAGCUGCUCACAACCCUCGUGGCGUCCAAGCAGCAGCAGGAACAGCAGGUGCUCUGACCCCGACUGCAGCCAGCUAGGUGGCCAAAGAGAUAAGGUCCAUCUCAUCCACCCCAUGAAGCCUUGGGACAGAGGAUCUUCAAAACCCAGCGGUCUGUAGGGAAUAAAAUGGGACUACAACCCCACCUUGUGGCCGAGGACAGGCGUUACAAGCCAUUUGAAAAGCUCGCUGUAAACUAGCCCUUUAGUUUACUAAACUAGCCCUCUACACCCGCUAGUAAAGGGCGCAGGACAGGGCAAGGAAUUUUACUCUCUGCGGAACGUUUUGCGCCUCUGCCGAAAGAUACGCACCCCUUGGCAGAGGAAUCCUGGACACAAAUCAAAGACAAAACUUUUGCUCGCCUAACAGGAUCUGAGCCAUGAAAAUGUGACAGGAAAGGAAAUCGCAAGAAACGAACUCACAACUGCAGAAUGCACAGGUCUUGCCCCACUUUUCCUGGUGGGAGGCAAGUCUUCCGUUCUGGACAGAGUAUCAAAACUCAAGGCUGCAGGAAGCAAUUAACACUCGUGCGAGGCACAGGAUCUCCAUGAUAGUGAGAGUAGGAUGCUGCACUCUUGCAAAUAGGCUUGUGCCCAUUCAGCUGUGGCGAGGAUCCAUGCCCUCCAAGCAACUAGGCGAGGAAGCUGGCGUAUAACUGGCUAUGAUUUGGGGGGUGGGUUUUCUUUUCUGUGUUUAAACUGUCAAGGCAACUGAUGCCAGACACAGACACCUGCUGACACAGGUGUGCCAGGGUGCGCUACUGAACAAAUGUGGACGAGUGGAUAUUCCUACACCCAAUCUCACGAUGUAGUUCGGGACCAUUUGCCUUCAGUGGCACUGUAGGUACACAGCCAUGAGAUAGUGAUAGGGCAUCUAAGCCACUGAAUAGUAGGGAUUGUAGAACUGGUGUUCUGCAUACAAAAGACUCGGAGUUCAGUCCCUGGAAACUCCAGUUAAGAAAACUGAAGUUAGCAUGCUUGGGAAUAAGGAGAAUUGGGCUAUGGAGUUCAGUGGCCGGACACAGCUCCAUAUGAAGUUCAUAUGCUCCAUAUGAACAGACACGAAGUUCUUGAAUAAGUACAUAAGCCUGCAGAAUGGGUUGGUAUCAUCAGGGAGGAGAGCUGGUCUGGUGGGAGCAAGCAUGACUUUUCCCCUUAGCUAAGCAGGGUCUGCCCUGGUUGCAUAUGAAUGGGAGACUUGAUGUGUGAGCACUGGAAGAUCUUCCCCUCAGGGGAUGAAGCCACUCUUGGAAGAGCAUCUAGGUUCCAAGUUCCCUCCCUGGCAGCAUCUCCAAGACAGGGCUGAGAGAGACUCCUGCCUGCAACCUUGGAGAAGCCGCUGCCAGUCUGGGUAGACAAUACUGAGCUAGAUGGACCAAGGGUCUGACUCGGUAUAUGGCAGCUUCACAUGUUCCUGUGGGGGUGGGGGACGGUGGAUGAAUGCUCAGGAUGAUUUUUGACAAAGUUUACACCCCUAGAGAUGGAAAACAGGGGAUAACAUUGCAAGACACAGGACCAUAGGAAGCCGCCACAUACUGAGUCAGGCCAUUGGCCCAUCUAUCUCAGUAUUGUCUGCACAGACUGACAGCGGCUUCUCUGAGAUUGCAAGCAGGGGUCUUAAAACACUGGGGUCUUAACAGCUUCACCACCACACACACAAACUACAAAACCUUACUGACAUAGUCAGAAGAACGGAAAUGAAAAUGGGCAGGCAUGGCCGCCAAGGAUUUCCCCGUGGGGAAGAGUCCAAUUUGUUUGUUGUUCUAACCCUGACCAGUGUUCCCUCGAACAGGGAUUCCCAGAUGUAACUGGCUACAACUCCCAUAAGCCUCAGCCAAAGGCCAUUGCAGCUGGGGAUGCUGGGAGUUGUAGUCAACAAUAGCUGGGAAUCCCUGUCCGAGGGAACACUGACCUUGACUCCUAACUCUUUCCUCUGUGCAAAAAUGUCGGCAAAUUUGGGUUGGGAUGAAGGAGGAAAGAUAACACAGAGAACGCUGUAGGUGCAAGGAUGCAACCACCUAUUUUCCAUCGCUGCAGGGGGAAGAAGUUGCCAGAAAUCACUAUGGGUGUUCAUACCCCAAGAUGGUACUGAUGGGAGUGGGAGAUCUGGAACAUCUGCAGGGCUCUCCUAACUGCUGGAGAUCUUGAGAAAUGUCCCACUCCUCAUCUUCUCCAAUCCCCAGUGCCUUAAUCACCCAUGUGAUGCCUUCGCAAUAGCCAAUGAGAAGCCAUUUCAUAGAGAUGUCUACUGAUGACCAGCCAUUUGUCACAAGGAUAACCCCACCCCCACCCCA